AUGACACCAAUUCAAGCAUUAACUAACCAAUCAUUAGCUGUUAGUAAUGUUUUCCGCGGUCAAAAGAAAAAUAAAAGGAAACAAAAACCUUACCAAGUAGGAGAUAGUGUUCGAAUAACAAGAGCUAAAACUAUUUUUGAGAAAGGUGCAACAUCAACAUGGAGUCGUGAAAUCUAUUAUAUAACUAAAGUCAAACAUACACCUCAAGGAUAUGUUUAUCGUCUACGUGACUAUGAUAAUGAACCAGUUACAUCGAUUUUUUAUCAUGAAGAGAUCUAUCCUGUAGUUGAACCUGAUUUAUAUAAGAUCAAUGAAGUUUUAAGAACUAGAAUAAAUCCACGUACUAAAAAGAAAGAAUAUUUCGUUUCCUGGGUUGGAUAUCCUGACAAAUUUAAUUCCUGGGUUGAUUCAAUUGAAAAUGUCGAAUGA